GAACUAAAAUAAAAAUAUCAAAAGACGAAAACUCUUACUAAAGUGUCUGCUGCUCCGCUGCCGUACUGUUCUCUAAUUCCAAAAUCUCUUUCUUUUUGAAUCACUCUCUUUUACUUCGAUUCCCUCUAUAGGAGCAGAAGCUAGGAAGAUAGGGCUUGUUUGUUUAGUUUGUUUCUUUUUUUUUUUAACUAUAAUGUGAUGCCCUAGCUAAGCAUUUUUAGUUAGGGUUUUCUUUUGGAUUUUGGUUCCACGAGAUCCGGACGAAGGAUAAAGGCUGCGUUUUUGGCAGAAUGGGGAAUUGUUGUAGAUCUCCAGCGGCGGUAGCUAGGGAAGACGUUAAAUCGAACUUCUCCGGUCACGAUCAUGGCCGUAAAGAUUCCGUUUCCAAGCAGAAGCCACCGAUCACCGUGCUCAAUGGAGUUCCCAAGGAGAACAUCGAGGAGAAGUACCUCGUGGAUCGUGAGCUCGGCCGGGGAGAGUUCGGCGUUACUUAUCUUUGCAUCGAUCGAGGCACGCGCGAGUUGCUCGCGUGUAAGUCGAUCUCGAAGAGGAAACUCCGGACUGCCGUGGACAUCGAAGAUGUGAGGCGAGAAGUUGCCAUUAUGAAGCAUUUGCCGAAGAAUUCUAGUAUCGUGAGCUUGAAAGAAGCUUGCGAGGACGACAAUGCGGUUCAUUUGGUGAUGGAGCUUUGCGAAGGUGGUGAGCUUUUUGAUAGGAUCGUCGCCAGAGGACAUUACACGGAGAGAGCCGCCGCGGCAGUUACAAGGACGAUUGUGGAAGUGGUUCAGCUUUGCCAUAAGCAUGGAGUGAUUCAUAGAGAUUUGAAGCCUGAGAAUUUUUUGUUCGCUAAUAAGAAAGAGAAUUCGCCCUUAAAAGCUAUAGAUUUUGGGUUAUCGAUAUUUUUCAAGCCUGGGGAACGAUUCUCUGAGAUAGUUGGAAGUCCAUAUUAUAUGGCUCCUGAGGUUCUCAAACGGAAUUAUGGGCAAGAAAUUGAUAUAUGGAGUGCAGGAGUCAUUCUCUAUAUUUUGUUGUGUGGGGUUCCUCCUUUUUGGGCUGAGUCUGAACAAGGUGUUGCACAGGCAAUUCUUCGUGGGUUAAUAGAUUUCAAACGGGAUCCAUGGCCAAAUAUUUCAGAGAGUGCUAAGAGUCUAGUCCGACAAAUGUUGGAACCAGACCCAAAGCUCCGGCUUACUGCAAAGCAAGUGCUUGAGCAUCCUUGGCUCCAAAACGCUAAAAAAGCCCCCAAUGUGCCUCUUGGUGAUGUUGUUAAGUCAAGGCUUAAACAAUUUUCAAUGAUGAACAGAUUCAAAAGAAAAGCCCUACGGGUUAUUGCUGAGUUCUUAUCCGUUGAAGAAGUUGAAGAUAUCAAAGUUAUGUUCAAUAAAAUGGACACUGACAAUGAUGGCAUUGUUUCGGUCGAAGAGCUGAAAGCCGGAUUUAAAAAUUAUGGUUCACAGCUUGCAGAGCCUGAGGUGCAGAUGCUCAUUGAAGCUGUUGAUGCUAAUGGGAAGGGAACAUUGGACUAUGGGGAGUUUCUUGCUGUUUCUCUCCAUCUGCAAAGAAUGGCCAAUGAUGAGCAUCUUCGGAAGGCCUUUUCUUACUUUGAUAAAGAUGGCAAUGGUUUUAUUGAGCCCGAUGAGCUUCGGGAUGCAUUGAUGGAGGAUGGAGCAGAUGAUUGUACAAAUGUUGCAAAUGACAUCUUCCAAGAAGUGGACACUGACAAGGAUGGGCGCAUCAGCUAUGAUGAAUUUGCAGCCAUGAUGAAAACUGGUACAGAUUGGAGAAAGGCAUCUCGACAUUACUCGAGAGGGAGAUUCAACAGUCUAAGCAUAAAGCUGAUGAAGGAUGGUUCUCUGAAUUUGGGGAAUGAGUAGAAUCGUACUAGCUGUUGGUUUAAUUCAACCAUGCAAGAAAACGUAAGUAGAUCAAGUUCUUUCCUUGUAUAUCUUAGACUUUGCUUUCUCGUAUCACUUGUGAUUGUAUGGGGAGGGGAGGGAGAGAGGCCUCUGCAUUAAACGGGGUUUGAUGCUAGUGGAUUACAAUCUUGUUCGUCUCCUUCACUCUGCUAAUGUUAAUUUGUCUUUGUGGCCAUAAUUAAGUUAGGAAGGCACUACCAACUUUUCGGUAUAUUGUUUCUGGUUGACAUUUGACAACAUGAACACGGGAUUGAAUUGAAUCAAGUAGUACUUUAGCAUA